AUUUGUUGAGAAGGCUGUAACAAGAGUCUCUCUCAACUUAAAAGAGUGAAUCUUAAUAUUCCAUUGGCCAUUGCCAGGUGAAGAAAAGGAUACUGCAAAUCAAACUAUCUUCCAAGUUUAGCAAACACAAUCCCCUAAAUUUGGCACCACUUUUCAACCAACUUUGAACACUAAGGUUUUUUUGUUUGAUUUUCCGAGGUUCAAAAUGUCUGCCGCCGUGGGAGCUUCUGUCUCCUCCACAACCACAGCCAACGAUGUUCCUUACAACCCUCGUUUAGAGGAACAACAACAACAACAUGAUGCUGAACAAACUGAACCUGAUGAUGAUGAUGAUGAUGACGACUCUAGGUUGGACUCUGAUGGGGAAUUGGAUCUUGGUCCUCAGUUUACCCUCAAGGAACAGCUUGAGAAAGAUAAAGAUGAUGAAAGUUUGAGAAAAUGGAAGGAGCAACUUCUGGGAAGUGUUGAUAUAUCUUCUGUUGGAGAAAGCAAAGAUCCAGAAGUGAAGAUACAAAGCCUCACUAUAACAUGUUCAGACAGGCCUGACCUUGUACUACCAAUUCCAUUUACUAAUGAUCCUAAGAAGAGUCUCUUCAUUCUUAAGGAAGGAAGCCAAUGCCGCAUGAAAUUCACCUUCACUGUUUCGAACAACAUCGUUUCUGGUCUCAAAUACACCAAUAUUGUCUGGAAAACUGGGGUUAGAGUGGAUAGCAGAAAAAAAAUGUUGGGAACUUUUAGUCCUCAGCANGAACCAUUUUUAUAUGAAUUGGAAGAAGAAACUACUCCUUCUGGUAUAUUUGCUAGGGGAACCUAUUCAGCAAGAACCAAGUUUGUAGAUGACGAUCGAAAAUGCUACUUGGAUGUGAGUUACUACUUUGAAAUUCAGAAGAACUGGUGAACACCUAACUGAGAUUUAAAUUUGAGUAAUUUAUUGAAGAGUUUUGUUCCUAUGGCAUCUUGUAUCUUUCUGGAACAGAUUGGAAAUCAACUUGUUGUUUAUCAAUUCCUGUUAAGAGCCAUGCAUGCUGCUACAUGCUAGUGUCAAA